UUGUUACAGGAUACAAUCAUUGAGCUUUUCAAUAUAUUGAAUAAAAUUGUAAUGGAAAUUUACUAAAGAAUGGGAUUGGCUGGUGAGGUAAGCACAUAUACAUAAGAAUGUCAGAGUCUGAAACAGAACCUUAUGAUCACGUUUAAGAGUUUUGCACGUACUCUGUUUUCUUAAAUGACGGCCUUUUAUUCUCUAUUUUUUUCCUCGCAUGCUAAGGAAAUGUUUUUCUCAUUUAAAUAUCCCUUUUGUAUAUGUGGCUUUCGCAUGUUGUAUUAAUGUCCUAAUGGGAAAUAAACAAGUGCGUAAGUACUUUUGGAUUUAUUACAAUCAAGAGACGGAUCAAAAGACAUCAUUGUUUGCAAAACGGUAAUGUUCCCUUGGUCUAAUAUUACUUACCCACGAUAAUAUAUAUAACAUUCGGUGUGUAUGUACAUUAACAGACUUAUUGAUAAUAUCAUCCAGAAGGAAGUAUUAGAAAGCGAGAGAGUAACCUCUAUAUUUUACUCUACGCCUCCUCAAUUUUGUCUACAUAAUAUCAUGAUUUUUCCGGACAGAAAAUUACGCCUCGGGGAUGCUCAAUAAAAUUCACUCUUGCAUUCGCGGUACACUCCGUAAAAACUAAUCAUUUGCUAUCGAAUGGUGUACUGAGAUGCACUAGCAUUAGGCUUCACUGUUAAGCAAUUAAGUUCAGUUUAUUUGUUUACGGGGAACCCACGCUAAAGAGGUACAUUUGUCCGAUUUCACACGUUAAGACUAUUCAAUUUCCCAGGUUUGUGGAAACCAGGAGGUUGAAAGGAUGGUGCAAUUGCUGUUGGAAAGAAUGGUGCAUAUUAGCUGUAAGCACGAAAUCAGCUUAUGCAUAUCAAGUUUAUGAAUGAUUGCGGUGAGAAAUACAUACACGCAUCAACAACAAUGAUUAAAGAUCUGCGUAAAAACAAGUUGCGUGCAUUCUAAAACCACGGCAUUUCACAGAUAUACCUUUGGGCAUUUGAGAAACAUGUGCGAUUACGAAUUCAUUGAAGAGAGGUCACAAGAAGACAUCCUCAACUUGACACAGCUGAACUGCACAAAUAUCGAAACAUUUGAGUCGUUUGAAACGCGAUGGAUCGAUUAUGUCAUUGUUUUCUUAUCCGCCCUCGUCGUGGUUGUUGGCGUUCCUGGUAACGUGCUUGUCAUUACAGUGGUUCGCACCAAUCGUGUCAUGCGCACAACCACCAACUACCUCCUUGUCAAUCUCGCGUGUUCUGAUUUGCUGAGUCUUGCGUUCGGGCCAUGCUUCUUUAACCUGCACAUUGUUCACCCGAAGACAAAACUCACGGCGGACUACCUGUGUAAGUUCAUCACAGGAAGUGCUACCACCGUUGUUGCAAUGACAGUGUCUGCCAUUACGCUGACGGUAAUCGCGGUCGAGAGAUUCAAGGCUUUGGUUUUACCGUUCCAAGAAAAGCUCAAGCUGACAGAGGCCAGAAUCCCCUAUGUGGUAAUUUUUGUGUGGAUUUUCGGCCUAGGAUUUUCUCUGUCUUCCUACAUCAAUAUAGAGUUUGACAGCAAGCGAGAACUUUGUUUUGACUUUUCAGGCAAGUUUCACAUUAUACGAACCGUCAUGGUAUCUAUACUCCCUGCCGUUAUUAUUGCCUUUUGCUAUUUGGGUAUCGUGCGUGGUUUGUACUGGACUAGAACCAUCUACACCGAACGCCAGGGGAUUCAGUCUGAUAUCAUAAGCAAAAGGAAGCUUUGCAAGUUACUAGUUACCGUAACUGUUGUCUUCUUCCUUUGUCAUUUGCCACGCGCGCUCUUCGAAAUAUAUCUGUCUGUGAUAACUGGGUACACGGAUGCGCAGAAAAAACGACUCGACAUUGCCGUAGAGAUCGGGGACUUUCUGCUGUUCACGAAUGCGGCCCUUAACCCUCUUAUUUAUGCAUUCAACAGCUCGAAUUAUAGACGAAGUUUUAGUAGAUUGUGCCGCUGUGGACGCAACAGAAUUACAAUAGAGCCAAGGCGUGUCAAUAUUGAGCAGGGCGUUUCGGAACGAAAUGUAGUGAGAUCCUUUGAAUCGUAGCAAAGGCAGACCAGGAGUGUUAAAUCUAGUAUAACAGUAUAGAUAAACUCUUACUCUCCCUCCUUUGAGGUGCAACGAUCACUCCAAUUCUUAAAUCUAUUCCCCAAGAUCCCUCACAAGAAAAUAAAAUAAUACAGUAGAACCCUGCGGAGAAUUCGGGUAGUUAGCAGGGUUCUACUGUAACGCCUUUAAAAGAUGCAACUGAUUUCGAAUGCUUACUUUUUUGUACCGCACUUGUACUCAGAACAAGGUACGAGAACGAGGCCGUCCCCUUCUGUUUCGCCCCCUACCUCUCGGCGUUGUUCUGCCUUGUUUUUGCGCUUCGUUACACUGAAUUCGACGCCCUAGGUUCCCGAGGAUGACUUUUCUCUUUCUUCCCUUCUUUUCCGCUUUUCCCCCCAGUAAUGUCAUAUAACCCAAAUCUAUUGCCUCGUUCCCAGCUUCCCAGGCGUCUCUAUGCUACACGGCCAGCCUCUGUGUCACAGAAGCAUGAGUAUAAUUAGUCUAUUAAUUAUGGACGCGAAGCAAAGACAGAUCGCAAUGUUCCAGAUGUUUUGAACCUGUUUUAUUCAUGCAAAAUGUUGUGACUCAUUUACAAAUUCCAAAAAGGUCUAGGCAUUUUCUGCAUCUUUUUCUGGGGGCCUGUUGGCGGCCUUUUUAGUCGCUUGAUAAGCAUGCUUUGGAUAAAAAAAAGUCUAUCUCAAUCCUGAAUUCUGAUUGGCUGAUCUACUAAUGGUCUAUUAGUGAUAGACGGUAAUUAGCGAAAUGCUUGAGAAAAUCGCGGCUGAAACAGGUUUGCCAAAGUUAGCGACGACUUUUCAAUGAUAACUCUAUCCCAGAAAAAGCAAAGAAGGCAUCCAAAUAUGGAAUAAGGACGGUAAGGAAAAGGUCAUUCUUUAUCGGCGGCGGGGUGACCCUCCCCAAAAAAGACAACCAAAAAUUUAGGCCCUCCCAAGAGAAAAAAAGCUAAAAAAGUGUAUUGGUUAGUUUAUUGAAAUUUUACUCUAGUUGUUAGAUGCUUUACAUAUGGCGGGUUCUUCCAUAUAACCAUAUGAGUGCAGAGCCCACAAAUAAAAUAAAGACCCACAAUUGUAAUAAGAAGUUAGUUUCCCAAAAAUGAAGUAAACCAACAAUUAUAAUAACGAGUAACCUGUGCAGUACAAACAAAGAAAGGUGAAUUGGGCACUUUGCCAA